AAAACAUGCAGUCAUUUCAGAUGUGAAGAACAGGUGGAACAGCCUGUUCCUGAUGUUGGAGCAAUUUCUGGAGUACUUUCGUACUAUCCAGGCAGCCUCCAUCGACCCUCGGUUAAAAAUCAAUGGAGAAGGACAGACUGGAGAGACUUUCUGAUGAUGAUUUUAGAAAACAAGAACAGUUUGUCAGAGUUAUGAAGAUACUCUAUACUUCAACCAUCUGCAUCUCUGCUGAAAGGAGUCCACCUUUGGGCCAGAUUCUGCCCAUUUUGGGGAAGCCUCAGCAUCACUUCACAGUUCCUGAUGAGGACUCCUCCUUUACACAGGCUAUCAAGGACAAGAUAUGGGGAUGAAAGAAUCAGGCAGUUCUUGGACGAGAGCAUAGCCUUAGACCCAAGAUUCAAGAUGAAAGUACGCGAUGAAGUGUGGACCAGAAUAGAAAAGGAGCUCAUAAGGAGAACCUCACAACAGGCCCAGCAGAUGAAGCAGGAGCUUGAAGGGACAGCUGGUGACCAUGAUGACAACUCUUCUGACGAAGACUGUGGAGCUGCAGUGACAACACUGAAAAAGCCAAAGCUCUCUGCCCUUGAGGAACUAUUUGCUGAUGAGGACAUGGUAGUUGAAAUAAGACAAGAGAACAGUUUUAGCACCACGGAGAAGAUUCAAGAAGAGAUCCAGCGGUACAGAGGUCUACCAUCUACCCUAACCUCUGUGAAUCCAGUGACCUGGUGGUGGAAUGUGAGGGACACUAUGCCAAUGCUAUCAAACUUGGCAACCAGGUAUCUCUGUGUGCAAGCAUCAUCCACACCCUCAGAGCGUACAUUUUCUACUGCCCGAGACACCAUCAGCCGGGAGCGGGUUUGUUUGUCUCCUGAGAAAGCAGAUAUGUUAAGUUUUCUGAAGAAAAACUGCUAAGUUAAAGGUCCUCAGUAUGUA